AUGGACAUUGAGGACCACAAGAUAGCCGUCAGCAUAUCUUCCAUAAGCAAUGUACUACAACGGAUACCGGUAGCUUCAGAACGACGAUCGCUCCAAGUUGAAAACGAUGUCAAAAGCUUAGACGACCUCAGAUCAUUAAACCGGGCAAGCAAAUCCCACAUUGGAUCUUGGCUUCGUCAUGAAGUGGAAGCACAGAUGCUACCGUUAAGUACAGCAUCGAAUGAGUGGAAUAGCACAUCACCUGCGGCUCCUGAUACUUCUGUGCUUAUGGCGGCUACAUUUGGCAUCGUGCGAGACUAUCUUGAAAUUAUAGAUGAUUUCUCUAUGCUCGCCGAUGUGAUAAAGAUUGCCACGGCAUCAACGGAUACUCAAACUAUUGCAUCGUGCGCCGAUACACUUAAUAUGCACGCCGAGAUAUUUGCGGCCAUCGGAGCAAUUAAGGGCUUGUUUGAUGUUCUUCUUAAUCGCUCGCGUUCAUUUGCAGACGAUCGUGACAUCAUGCCACGAGUCAUUCUGGCAUCCUUGUUGGACCUCUCAUCGAGAAUUCCCGACAGUCAGAAUCUUACCGCUCGGCUCGCUCGCCAACUUGCUUUGAGUGAUAGAAAGUGUGCCGCCGACGUUUGUUCUCCUGUAUCGGAUCAUAUGGCGGGUAGAUCACAAAAUAACGAGGCUGAGGCCGAGAGUAGCGCAACGCAAAAAGUGGGCACUAUUGUAGCCACGGAAUUGCUUGCUUUAAUUGCGGCACCAAUCACCAUACCGGAGAUUCUGACAUCGGACGAAGCAUAUCGCGUCCGACUUGUACAAAGUCGUAUGCAAAUUGACAACCCUGAACUUACAUUGACGGUUAUUCGGUCAGCAAUCGAGGUGUGCUCUACAGUUGUCCGCGAUAUAUCAUCCAACGCCCUCCACCCCUUAAACGUCUUAGGUGGUCCAGCCAUGCAUGAAAUACUUCAGACGCUAGUCUUGAUUGGUGGUGAUAUGGCCACAAAAAUCCUGGUGCAGCCUUUAUCACCUGGGUCUAUCGAUGAGGAUGCUUCCAAACUAAUGGUAACCGCGAUAAACAAGCUUUUGGCGCCUAUACAUCAGCGUGAAACCUCCAAUUUUUCAGUGUGUGAUGCGCUAAAAUCUGCGAAUUAUCUGAAUCUACCAUUUUGCCAAUUGAAGGUGGCGUCUACCUUCCGCUCUGGGAAAAGUUCCCAACCCACUUCCAGGAAUAUGGUCCCUCCUCAGCUCGAUGACCUUAAUCGUGCCGUUGAGUCUGCUAUAAUGGCAGGGGGUACGACAUGGGCUUGCAUUAUACCAUCAUUAGAUUUUGCUACCAUACAAUACUUACGACGCGGUGCUGAGACCCAAUUGCUUGCGCUUUUCCACGCUGCCAAGGCCUCAGGCUACAACGACAUGUUGGGGGAAGAGCACCAAUUGACGAAAGCAGAAAAUUUGUUGGUCAUCCUCGACUUGACCAUAGACGAGAUGUAUACGGAAAAAGCAAACGCGCCAUAUAAUUCGCAUAGCUGCUUUGCGGAUAUCAUAAACUUACUCAGCGGCGCCUCGCAAUACGUCGCUAGCACACAACAAAACGGUUGUAAAAUUGCAUUCUUCACAAAAUGGCUACCGCUGCUGUUAUCAUUCACAGCCUCACAAACAGUAGUAGCAGUGCUUUGA